AUGGCCGGGGAGCCUGUGAAUGGACCUCGAGUCGUCACAGUGGUCAAGUCGGAGACUGGUUUCGGCUUCAAUGUCCGGGGACAGGUUAGCGAAGGAGGUCCUUUGAAGUCCAUCAACGGAGAGCUCUACGCUCCACUGCAACAUGUGAGUGCCGUUCUGGACGGCGGCGCUGCGGAAAAAGCCGGAAUUCGUCGAGGAGAUCGAAUACUUGAAGUAAAUGGCGUGAACGUCGAAGGUGCAACCCAUAAGCAAGUCGUCGAUUUGAUCAAAAGCGGUGGGGACAAACUGAAGUUGACCGUUAUCUCUGUGACGGCUCAGGAGGCGGAGCGUCUCGAGCCUCAAGAAGAUAGUGGAGGGAUCUCGUACAUGGAUUACUCCGAGAAAAGGAGUUUACCGAUCAGUAUUCCGGACUAUACCUGGUGUGAGCGAGGCGGCGAAAAAUUCGCGAUUUACAACAUCUACAUGGCCGGUCGGCAUCUAUGCUCACGGCGGUAUCGGGAGUUCUCCAAUCUCCACGCGAACCUCAAGCGAGAGUUCCCCGAUUUCGCAUACCCGAAACUCCCCGGAAAAUGGCCCUUCGCCUUGUCCGACCAACAGUUAGAUUCGCGUCGUCGAGGCCUCGAGCAGUAUCUAGAGAAAGUCUGUGCCGUCCGUGUGAUCGCUGAGCAUGACAUCGUCCAGGAUUUCCUAACAGACGAUGACGAAAAUGGCGGGAGCCUUUCCACCGUCGACUUGAAAGUCUCGCUGCCAGACCGGGAGACCAUCGUGGUCACGGUGCGGAAGAACUCUCAGACCACAGAGGUGUACGACGCAGUCAUGUCGAAAGUCGGCAUUUCUAUCGACGUAGCGAAAUACUUCGCGCUCUUCGAAUACGUGGAAUUCAACUUCGAACGCAAACUCCUACCCAAUGAAUUCCCCUACAACUUGUACAUCCAAAACUACAGUACGGCGACAGCCACCUGCCUAGUGAUUCGAAAAUGGCUAUUCUCGAUCGAUCUGGAAGUCCGUCUCGGCGAGACGGUCGACAUCGCCCGCAACUGGCUUUUCUGGCAAGCUGUCGACGAUGUGAACAAAGGUCAGAUCAAGCCUGGCAACCAGCUGUACCAGCUGAAAGCUCUACAGGACUCCGAAGCUCGGAAGGACGAAUAUUUAGCCCUGGCGCGCAGCCUGGACGGUUACAGCGAGAUCUCGUUCCCUCAUUGCAACUGCGACGCUCGGAAAGAGGGUCACGUCGUCGCCUCGGUGGGGAAAGUCAAUUUCAAACUCCAAGCUUGUAAAGAAGAUGGCACACUCGAAAACCAGAUAAUCGAAUUCGAUUGGGACCAUAUUUCCGGUUGGGAAGCCGACGAGGACGGAAUGGCCUUCCAAUUCGAGUACGCGAGGCCCGAUAAAAAGCCUCGAACAGUUAGGAUCUACACGCAAUACUUCGUGUUCAUGAUGGAUUGCUUCGAACGUGUCGCCGAGGAGCGCAAGUGGGCCACGAAUAAGCCCGUGACCGCAUCGAAAGUCAGCGAGUGCUGAGAUUCCGCGAAGCCUCUCACCUCCGUCGGAUCUCAAUCAUCCAAUACUGUAUGGGACGAUGUUGUUCGAGAUGAUUCGAGUUGUCAUCGAGUUAGCGUGUGGCCAUAAUGCGUCGUAACAAUUGAAGCCCCGGAGUUCGUUUGCGUUCUCCAUUCAUCUCUUCGACUCUGUUCAAGAGCAUCGGCGCAGCGCUUACAAUACCGAAAGACUGAAGAUAUACUCGUUUGUGAUACGCUGCUCUUGGAACAGCGCAAUUUGUAAACAAGAGAUUUCGUCUCUUCUCCGAGAGGAGUCCGUCAGAACUCGCAAUCAAGUCUGCGAAAACAUCUCAGAAACAGAUAAACGUGCCGGUCCAUGAGACCACAAUCAAUCAAGCAACCAAACAAACAGGCGAAUCAGAGGCUAUCAGACCCCUAGUCGCCUGGCGCAUUUUUUCUCAAAAAUAUUCCUCAUUGCGCUUCGGUCGGUCACUGGU